AUGUCGAACCCUACCACCAGCACCAACAUGAACCCAUCUUCGGACCAGUAUACCAGCUCCAAGGCUGCCGACCCCGAGACAGCUUCCAUUGCCACCUUUUCCUCAACCACGCCUCUAGUCAAGAAGGACAAGAAGGAAAAGCAACAAAAGCAGAAGAAGGAGGCCGAGAUCGACGUUCAGAAGCUACAGGAGCAGGCUUUGCGAUCGCAAAUCCGCUUUACCAUGUAA